CAAUAUGUAUGUCUUUACUGUUGUCUACGUCAAUUGAAGUUAAAUAGAAUUCUUGAUAAGACACUAUAUUUGCGAUCUAUAUCUUGCAUUGUCUCCAUUCUUGCAAGUGGUAGAUAAAAGACAGCAUGGAUAAUAUUGACCAAUUUGAUCAAUUCUUCAAAAAUUCGCAUUACAACAUUGUUCGCUCGCUAUUAAGUGUUAGCGGUCUAUGGCCUUUUCAUACGUUAAGAAGACGCUGCGCUAUAUACCUCGCAAUGAUACUCGUACUCGGAUCUGGAUUUACGUUUGAGGUAUUGGGAGUAAUGGAUAUUUGGCAUGAUUCUUUUGAAGUAAUCGAUGCUCUGCCAUUAUUAUUUUUUCCUGUAGUAAAUAUGAUUAAAAUGAUUUAUGCAGUGUAUACAUUACAAAAUAUAAAACUACUUCUAAUAAAUAUGCAAGAGUACUGUCUUUCCCCAAAGUCGGACAAGGAAACUAAAAUAUAUAACUCGCACGCGUUAUAUGGGCAAAAAUUUGGAUACAUUUAUACAGGUCUCGUACUUUGUCACCCUAUUAUUUUCCAAUCUCUGACGUUAAUGACCAGGCUUAUCAACAAAAAGGAAAACGAAGAGAAGAAUGCGUCGUCAACUGAAGCGCAGGGGGCCCAAAUAGGAUUAUCUUAUCACGUAAAUUAUAUGGUUGAUAUAGACACGUACUACGUUCCAAUUUUCAUACACACGGCUAUAUGCGAAAUGUCUUACACGUUUCUGAUAGUUGUAUUUGAUGUCCUGUAUAUAAUAUCGAUCGAGCAUUGCUGCGGAUUGUUCGAAAGUUUGAGAUAUAGAUUAGAAAAUGCUUUCAACUUUGAAAACAAUAAUAAUAAUUUAACAUUUACAAAGAAUUUAUCUUAUUCAAAUAUUGUAUAUAGUAUCCAAAGACAUACCGAAACAAUGCAAUUUAUUGUCAUUAUGAAGUCGGUAUACAGCUUACCUCUCUUUAUACAAGUGGGAUAUCUUGUAUUAGCUUUAAGUAUUGUAGGAUUUCAGAUAAUAACAAACACGGAAAACAUAAAUCAGGUUAUAAAACAUACUGCUUAUAUGAAUGUACUAUUAAUCAAUAUAUUUUUUGAAAAUUGGCAAGGUCAAAAAAUCAUAGAUUCCAGCGAGAAAGUAUUUGAAUCCGCAUAUAAUGCAGAGUGGUACAAUAUGCCGGUAGCGACAAGAAAGCUCCUUAUAAUGAUAAUGAUGACAAGUAAAAAACCAUUGAUGCUUACUAUCGGAAAAUUCUUCGCAUUAUCAUAUAUAACUUUUAACGCGGUAAUACGAACAUCAUCGUCAUACUUUAUGCUAUUACGAUCUGUACAGUAAAUAUUUUAAUCGUAAUUUACAUUUAUAUCGAUGCUUUGAUAACUGAAGAGAAAUACUAGUUUAUGUAAAUAAUUUAAUAAAAUUCUAAAACAAUCGUUAA